AUGCUGCUGUUCUGGACUGCGUCGCCGGCGCUGAUUUACUACUCUGUUGUAAACCAAAAAAAGGAAGACUAUGCCCGCCGCUACUCAGGAGUCAUAAGGGACCUGGAGAGACGCGUGCAGCAGCAGCAGCAGCAGCAGCAGCAGCAGCCGCAGCUGGCCACGCAGCAGCAGCAGCAGCUGACGCAGCAGCAGCAACAGCAGCCACAGCAGCUCUGA